AUGUGCGCAUCGCAAGACAACCAUCAUGUUGUGCACAUUGGCGGGGCUCAGUUUGUGCCGCCGGUGAUGACGCAUUUUGCGCACGUCUCGAAUCUGGCGGGUGCGCUAUCGUCGCCGAUCUCGGAAUCGUCGUCGUGCUCAUCGCGCGUGCACUCGCGCUUCUCGUCGUCGUCGACGAGCGCUUCUUGCGAGUCCGAGCCGGAAUCGCUGCAAGAGUGGGACGCGCUUCAGGCACAUGUGGCGUACGCCCGACGCAUGGCCGACCACACGGCGCACAUGUGGCAACGAGAAAGACUCGCCAUCGAAAAGGCCAAGUUGCAAGGCACCUAUACCGGCAAUAUCACAAGCAGGCAGAAUGGCAACGCUAGACCACCGACACACCACGACUCGAAAUCCUCUUCUCCCUCCAACACGCAUAGCAAACACUCUCACAAACUCAAACCUUUCGCUGGCUUGCUCAACGCGCUCUUCUCCCCCUCGAACCACUCGCCACCCCCCCGCUCAAGGUCCAGCCGUAGAUCGGUCUGA